UCCAGACAUUAAAACAAGUUGCGUUAACGCACGCAAACCCAUCUACAGAGUCUCGAUUCAAUCAUAAACUCACCACUAAACAAAAAUUCGCAUUUAAAUUCAAACUAGAAAAAGUGAGGUUAUGUUUCUAAAUCACGGUCACAAAAGUGAGGUUAGUUUUUCAGAGCUUCUAAUUUACAAAUUAAAAACUAUGGGUAAAGUUAAAGAAUCGACCACUAAGCUUAAAAGUUGGAGCGAAAUCAACAAAUCUCGUAAAGAAGAGAAACGAAAGUGGAAAGAAAUUAAUUUGAAGAAAAAACUACAAAAACAAGUGGAGCCCCAAUCGUCGGGCGAAGCCUCCACGGUCCCCGAUCCACCCAAAACCGUUGCGACUGUAUCGAUUGCCGUGCCUGGGUCAAUUCUGGAGACCGCGCAGACCCCGGAGCUACGGACUUAUCUAGCGGGGCAGAUCGCCAGGGCCGCUUGCAUGUUCCAAGUGGACGAAAUCGUGGUCUUCGACGACUACGCAGACGAAGCAAACGCGAAAAAAGCGACCGUGGAAGACGAAGACGGCGUCAGAAGCAUUCGAGACAGUUGUAUGCAAUUGGGGCGAAUUUUGCAAUAUUUGGAGUGCCCCCAGUACCUCAGAAAGCACUUUUUUCCAAUUCACGCCCACUUAAAGUAUUGCGGGAUUUUGAAUCCUUUGAAUGCCCCUCAUCACUUAAGCAAAACGGACUUUUUUGAUUAUAGGGAAGGGAUUGUGUUGAACAAGACGGUGAAGGCAGGCCGGGGGUCCCUCGUCAAUGUGGGGUUGCUGAAGGAAGUACAAGUCGAUAAAUUGUUGUCACCUGGAUUAAGAUGUACUGUGAGACUUUUGGAAGAAACUACGAAGAAGUGGAAGGGGGUUAUCGUGCCGCCGUCGACCCCGCGCGCCGACAAGGGGGUUUACUGGGGCUACGUAAUCCGACUGGCCAAUUCUUUGUCGAAAGUAUUUUCACAAAGUCCACACAAAGAAGGGUAUGAUCUGACCAUUGGGACUUCAGACAAAGGCACCAGUGUCGACGAAUUCGCCUGUCCCCAAUUUAAGCACGCUUUGAUUGUGUUUGGAGGGGUUGAAGGACUUGAGUUCGCCCUUGAAAACGACGAUGUCCUUGAAGCUGACGAUCCAAGGUUACUUUUUGAUCAUUACUUGAACUCGUUGCCGCGUCAAGCAUCCAAAACAAUUAGGACAGAAGAGGCCAUUUUGAUAACGUUGGCAGCGCUAAGGCCUAAGUUACAAAUCAACAAUUAAUAAUUUAUUUUUAUUACCACGUCCACAAUGAAAAAAUAAUUAUUUGGCUUAAAUAGAUUCUAUUUUUUGUUUGCUGUGUCUAGUAUACUUCUGAAGUCUGUGCUGAUACCGGGGGCUUCAAAACUGUCGGUUGAGUUUGUUUUCAUGAUGGUGUCGUUGCCCCGGGAUGCCCCUGGUGCUCGGAAAAGCUCUUCGGCGCUGUCUUCGUCGUCGUCAGAAGGAACUAAAAUUUUUGUUAAUUAAUUUUUGAAACAUGGGGACUAGGGGGGAGUUGUACCUAGGUAACUAGGGUUUCGGUAUCUCGUUUUCCAAAUUCUGUACCCAGCAUAACCCACUCCAGACAGGACCAUCAAAGAUCCUAGAACUAUCACUACACGGAAUAGAUUGACCUGUGAAAUUUUUAUUGUAAUUGUUUAAGUAUGUAAUGUAAUAAAUUUUUUGGAAAAACGGCAGAGGAUAAAGAUCGCUUGUCAUUCACCUUUAGA